AUGGAUGACAUUAUCUUUGGGGCUACUAAUGAAGCAAUGUGCAAGGAAUUUGCUGAGAUGAUGGAAAAUGAGUUUGAAAUGAGCAUGAUGGGUGAAUUGAACUUCUUUCUGGGGUUGCAAAUCAAGCAAACACCUACUGGAACCAUGAUACAUCAGCAGAAAUAUAUCAAGGAACUACUAAAGAAGUUUAACAUGGACUCCUCUAAGUCCAUUGACAGUCCCAUUGCAACUGCAUCAAAGUUGGACCUUGAUGAAGAAAGAAAAAGUGUUGAACAAAAAUUAUAUAGAGGAAUGAUUGAGUCACUAUUGUACCUCACAGCAAGCAGGCCUAAUAUUGUAUUCAGUGUGGGAUUGUGUGCAAGAUUUCAGGAAAAUCCCAAGGAAUCUCACCUGAAGGUUGUCAAAAGGAUACCAAGUUAUCUCAAGGGAACCCCUGACCUCUGCCUAUGA